AUUACCAUAUAACAAAAAAAUCUGAGCGUGUACCGAAUAGUCAAUAUAUAAUCAUAAAAAAAAAAUAAAUCAAAAAUGCAAUAGCCAAUAUAUUAGGUUUAUGGGAGUCGGUGCUUUCAUUUGCAGGUCUUGGUCUACCACUUCAUAUAAUACACGCAAUCUCAUCAGUCUCUCUUACCUUCAGUCUGUGCUAGAAAACCUCACUGUUUGUCAUCAAUGGCUUCCAAAUCCAAUCAAUUAAACACUACCACCCCCAUAACCAUCACAUCUCCGAUCUUCGUAGGUGCCGAGUCUUUGCAGUCCAUCCUUUCGCACCGCACUCUAAUCGAUCACUUCCAAUCCUCUCUCUCAACAGUCUCACCCUCUCUCACUACCCCAAUUCGCCAAAGCCAUGCCGUUUCAUCGACUUCCUCUCUGCUCCUCAUGCCUUCUUGGUCCUCAUCCCCUUCAUUUCCAUACAUAGGCGUCAAGCUAGUCACCUACUUCCCUCAAAAUUCCACCUUGAGUCUACCCGGAAUCCAUGCCAGUUACAUCCUCUUCAGCUCCACAACUGGCCAAACCUUGGCUUCCAUGGAUGGAACCGAACUGACUCUUUACAGAACCUCAUGCGUCUCCGGCUUAGCUUCAAGAAUUCUGUCCAGAAACGACAGCAAAGUCCUCGUCAUGAUCGGUGCAGGCGCUUUGGCACCCCAUUUGAUCAGAGCUCAUCUUGCAGCGAGACCCAGUUUGAAGAAAGUCAUAAUCUGGAACAGAACAGUGGAAAAAGCUAGAAACUUGGCUGAGAAAUUGCAGGAAAGUUUGGGAAUUGAUGGGGUUGGUUUCCAGAGCAAUGGAUGUUUGGAGGAAGUGAUUGAGUUGGGAGAUAUAGUGAGCUGCGCAACGAAUUCAGAGGAGGUGCUUGUGAAGGGCGAGAAGCUGAAAGCAGGGGCACAUUUGGACUUGGUGGGUUCGUUCAAGCAUUCUAUGAAGGAGUGUGAUGAUGAGGCAAUAAGGAGAGGCAGGGUUUUUGUUGAUAAUGAGGCUGCGUUGGUCGAGGCCGGAGAGUUGGUGGGUGCUUUCGAAAGAGGGGUUAUUGAUCAGAAAGAUAUUGGUGGUAAUUUGGUAGAAUUGAUUAGUGGAGAGAAAUCUGGGAGAAUAAAUUCUGAGGAGAUCACUGUGUUCAAGUCUGUUGGAUCGGCGGUUGUGGAUAUUCUGGCUGCUCAAUUGGUGUACGACACUUUUAUGCAGCAGAAUCCUUGAAAGAGUGCUUCUCUUCUUUUUUUUUUUUUUUGUCUUUUAGGGGACAGUAAAAAUAAUCAUUGAAAAUAUUUUGUUCUAUGUUCCAAGCAGUACAAUCCUACAUUGACCGUGUUAUGCAGCACAAUCAUUGUAUUUAUGUUUUUCAA